CAAAUUUACAUGACUGUUCCCAUCUAGACAGGCAAUGCACAAGGACUGCUGACUGCUGCUAAUUGCAGGCCGUCUUUUGUUGUUAGAGCGUCUCUUCAUAAACUUGUCCUCGGGAGCCUUUCUUGAAUGAGCAGGCUGUGCCUUCCUGUCUGGUUGCUGCAAAGAAGGUGCAGGCGGUCUCCAAGACCCGUGAUCCACUAACAAGCCAAACCUACCUUACCCCACCACUGCCCACUGCCCACUGCGACCACCACCAGACGCCCUCCCACUACUGCGGCUGCUACCGCUACUCCCACCUCUGUCUGCAACAGGGCAACACGGAUGCGCUCCUGACGGCAACCCACGCCCCGUUCCAGCCUCUUGCACUCUCUAUUCAGAGCGCAGUAUCCUCAAAAGCACCACCUCACCCAGCCCCGACCACAAUACAAGAACAGGGUCAUCCUCCCCAUCCCACAGCCCAGCAUCACCUAGCUGUCCUGGAGGAGGUGCCCGCUGAACACCCGCCCUAACCAUGGCGUGGCAACCAUCCCCGGAGUCUCUCCAGACUCUGGCCGUCUACCUCAAAGACUCCCUCAGCGGCUUCGACAAGGCUGCCCAGAAGAAGGCAGAGCUUAUGUUGUCGCAAGCCAGGAACUCCCCAGACUUCAACAACUACCUCGCCUACAUCUUCUCCAGCUCCCAGCUGCCCCCGGGCCUCAACUUCUCCCCCGAGGACUACAGCCUUGUCCGCUCCGCAGCGGCCGUCAUGCUCAAGAACAAUGUCAAGCUCCACUUCAAGCAGAUCGAACAGUCCUCAUUGAGCCUCAUCAAGCUGGCAGUCCCCAUGGGCAUCCAGGACAAAGCCCCCCAGAUUCGCAGCUAUGCCGGAAACAUAGCCACCGAGCUCAUAAACCGCGUUGGCAUCUACGGCUGGCCCGAGUUCCUGCCCGAGCUGCUCAAGCUGAUCGGAAACGAGUCUGGCCAGGUUUCCCCCGAGGGACAGGAGGGCGCCAUGGCCGCCAUGGCCAAGAUCUGCGAGGACAACGCCAAGAUGCUGCAGCGCGAGCAGAACGGACAGAGGCCCCUGAACUACCUGCUGCCAAAGUUCAUCGAGGCGACCAAGAGCCCCCUGCCAAAGGUGCGCGCUCAGGCCCUUACUGCCAUAAACGUCUUCACCCCUCGCAAAUCCCAGGCUAUGCUCAAUAGCAUAGACGACCUUCUCCAGCACCUGUUUGUGCUGUCCAACGACCCCAGCGAGGAUGUGCGACGCCAGGUCUGCCGUUGCUUCGUGCAACUGGUCGAUACCAGGCCCGACAAGCUUGUCCCCCACAUCUCCGGAUUGGUCGACUACAUCAUCCAGCAGCAGAAGAGCGAGGAGGAGGAACUGGCCUGUGAGGCGGCAGAGUUUUGGCUCGCGGUUGGCGAACACGAUAACCUGUGGCAGGCCCUGAGCCCUUACAUCCACAAGAUUAUACCCGUCCUCCUGGAAUCCAUGGUCUACAGCGGCGAGGACAUUGCUCUGUUGGGCGGCGCAUCGGAUGAUGAGGACGAGGACGACCGCGCCGAGGACAUCAAGCCCCAAUUCGCACAGGGCAAGGGGGCACGUAAGGCUGCUGGCGCUCAGCAGUCCGCAGACCAGGCGGAAAACGGCAAUGCGUACCAGAAGCUUGCCAACAUGGACGAUGAUCUGGAGGAAGGUGAAAUUGAUGAUCUCGACGAGGACGGUGAUGAAAACCCCGACGAGAGGUGGACACUGCGCAAGUGCUCCGCUGCCGCCCUGGAUGUUUUUGCUCGUGACUUCAGGGACCCUGUCUUCAAUUGCAUCCUGCCAUACCUAACGACACAUUUGAAGCAUGAGGAGUGGCCUCGCCGCGAGGCCGCAGUUCUUGCGCUGGGCGCGGUUGCUGAGGGCUGUGUCCAGGUGGUCACGCCCCAUCUGCCUGAUCUGGUGCCAUACCUCAUCUCACUUCUUAACGACCAAGAACCCGUCGUCAGGCAGAUCACUUGCUGGACGCUUGGCCGCUACUCAUCGUGGGCAGCCAACCUCAAGGACCCCGCUCAGAUCCAGGCCUAUUUCGUCCCCAUGAUGGAGGGCAUCCUGCACAAGAUGCUCGACCCGAACAAGAAGGUCCAGGAGGCUGGUGCUUCUGCGAUGGCCAAUCUCGAGGAGAAGGCCGGCAAGGUCCUGGAGCCAUACACGGGUCCAAUCAUCCAGCAAUACAUCCGGUGUUUCGCCAAAUACAAGGACAAGAAUAUGUACAUUCUGUACGACUGCGUACAAACGCUCGCAGAAAGCGUCGGGCCUGUCUUGGCACUGCCUCAGCAUGCCGGCCAGCUAAUGCCCGCGUUGAUCGACAGAUGGCAAAAGGUGCCGGACGAGUCGAGGGAAGUGUUCCCACUCCUCGAGUGCAUGUCAUAUGUCGCCAUGGCCAUGAGGGACGAGUUUGCUCCUUACGCGCAUCCCAUUUUCAGGCGUUGCGUCACUAUCAUCCACCAGAACCUUGAACAGACGAUGGCGGCAAAGACGAACCACAACUUCGACCAGCCAGACAAGGACUUCCUCGUCACGAGUCUCGAUCUCCUCAGCGCCAUUAUCCAGUGUCUCGAGGACGACAAGGCCCAGGAGCUGGUCAAGGAUGCUCAGCCUGCCUUCUUCGAACUGUUGAACCUCUGCAUGGGUGAUCCUGCAGACGAGGUCCGCCAGUCGGCAUAUGCUCUGCUGGGCGACUGCGCUAAAUACGUCUACCCUCAGCUUCAGUCCCAUCUACCUUCGAUAUUCCCCAUACUGUUGCGGCAACUAGAUUUUGACAACGUCGUCGACGAGGAGAUUGAUGGCUACUUCAGCGUUAUCAACAAUGCCUGCUGGAGUGCCGGUGAGAUCGCCACCCAGCACGGCAAGGGCAUGGCGCCAUUCGUGUCUGAUCUCAUGGAGCGGCUGGUGCAGAUAAUGGCAAACCCAACGAUCCCGAUCAGUGUGAACGAGAACGCCGCCAUUGCGCUGGGUAGGCUGGGUCUCCAGAACGCAGAGGCGCUGGCCCCUCACCUGACAACGUUUGCGGACGAGUUCCUAGGCGCGAUGGUCGAGCUGGACUGCAACGACGAGAAAGCUAGUGCUCUCAAGGGGUUCACUAUGAUCGUCGCCCAGAACCCGCAGGCCAUGGAGAAGAGCCUGUUGUCAUACUUUAUGUGCAUUGCGCGGUACAACACCCGGCCGCCAAGCGACAUCAACAAGGAGUUGCACGAACUCUUCCAGAACAUCAUCAAUGUGUACAGGCAAAUGAUCCCACAGUUUGACCAGUUUACCAACCAGAUGCCAGCUGAGGAGAGGGAGGCCCUGAAGUCCAAAUUUGGACUGUGAUGGCUGGGCCUGACCGAACCCAACUGACAGAUCUUCCGAUGAGACUUUUGCUAUGACCCCGAUGCGGACAUUUGGGUAGCUGUGACCAAGCUGCAGACCAACGCCGGUGUCUACUGUCUUGCUUAGCUAAAACGAGGUCUCUGUCCGGCGAGAACGCCACUCUGAUCGCAACGUCAGCGGUGACACUCGCGCUCACACUAACAUCAUAAGACAACGGCGCGUCUGAAUGAGAUUGGUUGUGGUCUGGCGGCCAGGAAUGAGACGAUUAGGUAAAACAUGGCCUGUUUACAUGUGAGAGGGCCAGUGGGAAAGUGCAAGCGACAGCGAAUUGCCAGAUAUGAACAUGCGUCAACGAAGCAGAAGACCUUAACGCGGAAUGACGGCGCAGGCAAGCCAACCCAGGGACCAAGCAGCCAGUGCGGAGCUCGGCCUGGAAGGGAAUGAUGGAUGGACGUGCUAUUACUUGCUCUGGGUCAGGCCGGUUGGUUGCCAGAGGGCGGAGGGAGGUUGGCAUUGUCCUGCUUGUUCCUGGUGUGAAGCAAGGCGCUUUGUGAGUUUGAGACCCUCCCAGGUGGGAGGGUGUGGUUGGAGCGGCCGUGAGUGCUUAUAGUAUGGCGAACAAUCUAUGUCCCGUGUUACUUAGGUACGACCGGAUGGCGGUUGCAGUACCAAAGCAGAAUCAAAAACAACCUUUAGAUAGCCACGUAGAUAGAUACCGAUGAUACACAUCAUCCUCAACUUCAUCAUCAGCUGUUAGCCAAUUAAUUUCUCUCAGCAA